AUGUCGCUUUCGAACACUCUGCUCGAGGCAGGUUCCCUUCGACCACGACACCCUAUCAAUCCGGUGGCGCUAGCCCUUUUGGGUUUUGCGGCGGCAGGCUGUGCCCUCGUAGUUUCCAUCGCAGCUUCUGGUCAUAUCAGUCAUCCGCCUGUCGCGCCGACCAUGAUGUCUGCGGCGGCUGUGUCAGAGAAGUCGCCGCUCAAGAUUGCUGUCAUGACGCUGGUCGGAAUCUCCGGCCAGGGCACGGACUUCUUGCCACUGGUGAAGCAGCUUGACAAACUCAUGGGUGAGAAAGUUGUGUUGGACCCGAUCUUCCUUAACUACACGAAGAUCGCGUAG